AGGAAUGCAGGUGCCUCCAGAAGCUGAAAAGACAAGGAAAUGGAGUCACCCUUAGAGCCUCUAGAAGGAACCAGUCCAGUGAGACUGCCUUUGGACUUCUGGCCUUCUGAACUGGGGCAGGCCAGCCCAGCCAGGGAUGCUUAUAAGUCCCAUGGGGGCCCCUUCAGGAGGCAGCAGGCGGGAGCACAGCCCAGCGCAAGAUACCGGAGCCCAGAGGCAGCGAGGUGCUGGCGUGAUGACCACAGCAGGAAACCCCUGGGGCUGGUUCCUGGGGUACCUCAUCCUUGGUGUCACAGGAUCCCAGGCCUCGGGUGGCGGCAACCACAUCAUAAACGGCGAGGACUGCAUCCCGCACUCGCAGCCCUGGCAGGCGGCGCUGUUCACGGAAGACGAAUUUUUCUGCGGGGGCGUCCUGGUGCAUCCGCAAUGGGUGCUGUCAGCCGCACACUGUUUCCAGAAGUCCUACACCAUCGGUCUGGGACUGCACAGUCUUGAGGCCAGCCAAGAACCAGGCAGCCUGAUGAUGGAGGCCAGCUUCUCCAUACAGCACCCAGAAUACAACAAACCUUUUAUCGCCAACGACCUCAUGCUCAUCAAGUUGAAAGAGUCGGUGCCCGGGUCGGAUGCCAUCCAGAACAUCAGCAUCGCCUCCCAGUGCCCGACCGCUGGGGAUUCUUGCCUCGUUUCUGGCUGGGGUCAGCUGAUGAAUGGCAGGCAGCCCCAAGUGCUCCAGUGCGUGAACAUCUCGGUGGUGCCCGAGGAGAUCUGCAGCGCGUUCUAUGCCUCCGUGUUUCACCCCAGCAUGUUCUGUGCCGGUGGAGGACAGGACCGGAAGGACUCCUGCAGGGGUGACUCUGGGGGCCCCCUGGUCUGCAACGGGUCCCUUCAGGGCCUCGUGUCUUUUGGACAAGUCCAGUGUGGCCAACCCUAUGUGCCAAGCGUCUACACCAACCUCUGCAAGUUCGCUGACUGGAUACAGAAAACCAUUCAGGACAAUUAACUUCUAGAACUUGGACCCAAGAAACUCAACCCCUAAAUAUAGGCUGCAGAAGGGAUUCAGGAAUUUGGAUUCCCAGUAGCUUCCUCCCUCAGGCCCAGCAGUCUAGGUUCCCAACCCCCUUCUCCCUUAGCCCCAGGAAUCCAAUCCCACCAAGAAUCUUUUCCUGUACUCAGUGCCCCCUAGUGGCACAAUGUUGACCCAGCCUUACCAGUGGCGGAGAAAGUUGGUGUUUCACUUUUGUCCCUUCUCUUAAGCCCAAAAAUAAAGUCUAAGAGAAACACAG